GCUGCUGCACGAGGCCGGGCAGUAAGGCGAGCGUGCACAUCGGCGUCGGUCACCGUAGGGUUGUAGCAGCCGAGCAGCGAGAGAGGUCUGAUCUGCCAUAGCCUUGUCGCGACGCGUCAGAUGUUUCGGGCCCGUAUUCACCUAGAGUUCUAACCUAGCAUCCAGAAUCGGCCUUCUGGAUCCGUCGUAGAAAUUUCGCCGUCAUGGCGCUUGAAUAGUUUACCUUUUAAGGCGUUUAUUCUGUAAGUAUAUAUCAAGAGCUUCUUUCCCCUCGCCGAGCUGUGUGGCAAUAGCGCCAUUGGCGGUGGGGCGUGGCGCGAGCAUGUCGGAGUGGGCGCCUCUCCUCAACGGCCCCCCGGGCACCACAUCCUUCUGCGUCACCUUGGAGGACGCGUCGGGUCGCGAGGUGUCGCCAUGGCACGACGUGCCGUUGCAUUCCACGUCGGGCGGCUUCCACCUCGUCUGCACCACGCCCAAGGGAACUCAGUUAGACUGCCACGUGGCUGUUCAGGAAAGGCUCGCGCCGCUGCGCCAUCGCGUGCGAGCUGCCACUGCAGCAGCGGGUGGCGGGUGGCAGCUGGUGCACUUCACGGAGCCGGUCCCCUGGAAUUGCGGCGUGCUCCCGCAGACGUGGUCGGACGGCGCGCAGCGGUGCGCGGAGUUCGGGAACCUGCCGUUCGACGACAGCCCCAUCGAGAUGGUGGAGAUCGGCCGCCGCGUGCGCGCCGUGGGCGAGGUGUACUCUGUGGAGGCGCUCGCGGUGUUCGCGCUGGUGGACCCGCGCGGGCUGCGGGUGUCGUGGAAGGUGGUGGGGCUGGCGCUGGACGACGACAGCGGCGUGGUCGACGCGCAGAACGGCUCGCUGCACAUCCUGCUCGACUCCAUCCAGGAGUGGCUGCACUCCUGCCGCCACACCCGAGGCGAGCGCGGGCGCGUUUUGCGCCUGAAGGAGGGCGUGGCGGACAAGGACAAGGUGCUCGAGAUCGUCGCGCACGCGCACGCCGCGUGGCAGUUGCUGCGCGCGGAGCGGCAGGCGGCGCUGAACCCGCGGAUGUCGAUGCUGGGGCUGGACGACGGCGACCUCAGCGAGGAGGAGGAGCUGGCGCGCGCCACCACGGGCGGGGGCAUGCUGGCGGGCAACGUGGGGCUGGGGCCCCCCGUGCGCAUCUUCGGCGAGUCCUACGCGUCCGACAUCGGCGGACGCCGCACGAGCCGGUCGUCCGAGCGCGGCAAUGCGCGCAUGCUGGGCGCGCCGGUGUUCGGCAGCAGCUUGCUGACGGAGUCGUGGGACAGCGAGGAGGAGAAGAGCCACUCGCGCCAACAGUCGCUCGAGGACGACUGGGACGCGCCCGCCGAUACCAGGAAGCCGCCCGCGGACGGCAACUUAGGGGGAGGCGGAGGGGGAAUUUGGGGCGGGGCAGGGGGGUCGUGGCAGGAGCGGGAGAAGCUGAAGCGCACGGCGCACAGCUGGAAGGAGGGCCUCACCAGCGGCGCCGACGAGCGCGACGGGCUGAGGGGGCGCGUGGGGUCGGGCGACCUCAGCAUGUCGCCGCGCUCGCAGGCUGCGCAGGACGCGUACCAGCAGCAGCUGCAGCAGCAGCACGCGGAGGGCGACGACGAGCAGCAGCAGCACGGCAGCGCGCAUGGGCAUGGCCAGCAGCAGCAGGGGGGCGCCAGAGCCAAGGGCGGAUGGCGUCCCUUCGCGGGGGGAGGGGCGCAAGCGGACGAUUCCUCAGCAUCGCAGCGGCACGGGCGCUCCAAGUCGUUCAUCACAGGGGGGCCGGGGGGAGGCCAGGGGGGACCUCGCGGAAGCGGAGUGGUUGACAGCGCAGGGGCGGGGGCAGGGGCAGGGGCAGUAGUCGGGACUGGCUAUGCGCAAGGGUCGUCAGAAGGGGGGUUAGGCGGGCGGGGAACGGGUGAAGGUAACGUGGGAAUGAGCGCGGGCGCGCCUGGUGCGGGUCAGAACGGGCCUGGCUACCGUAACCGUCCCACGUGGUUGCCUGGCGGGCCCAAACUGCCUCUUUUGAAUCGCCCCGUGUCGUCGUCGGGUCGCCUGGGUCGCAGCCCAUCAGUGGGCUUUGCGCCCUCCGCCACCCCCAGGGCGGGCGACGCAGCGGCCGCCAGCACUGAUAUCGACGUCUUUGAUGCGCACUGCCGCUCCAGACCCGCGCCUUUCUCCCCCCUCACCCCCUCCGCUUCCCCCUCGCCCCUCGCCAAUGGCAUUUCCGCCUCCAGCCUUCCGCCCCUGAGCCCCGCUCUUGGCUCCUCCCUGGGCGCGCGGGAGCUCUCGCGCACGCCCUCCGCGGACAGCCGCCACCUGCAGGCCACCGCGCUCAGCCCGCUCGGCAGCCCCACAGCUAUGGGCGCAGGCCUGGGCGCUCGGGGGCGGGGUGCGCUAGGGGCUGGGCGGGCUCCCGUUUCCCCGUCCUUGGUGGACAGCCCCCCCGCCAUCACCGGUAGCCCCCUGGCCUCCCCGCGCGCGCCCCCACUCUCGGGGCCUCUCCCCCUCCACCGUGACCUCUCCGCCCCCUCCGACCUACUCUCCAGCCCCGCAAGCUCACAGGGCGCCAGCUGGCCCCCGCCUGUUCCGCGCGCAGAUAAGGGCGGCAGCUCAGCACAGCCUGAGCGGGAUGCCUCCGCGGGCAGCAAAGCGGCUCCGCAGAUGCGCGCGCUCUCCCCACUGAAAGACCACGGAGCCCUGGCCCCCGGGACUGCAGCUGUCGAUGGCACAGGCGGAACGGGCGCGGCCCCCCCGAGAACAGGCGGAUCAGUGCGGGGAAAAAGCUCCCUGCGCUGGCGGCGGCCGGGCACUGCGCCCUCUGGGGUCGAGAAAGAGGCGCAGCUGCAGGCGGGGGGAAGGGGAGGGGGAGCACGGCUCAGAAGCGGGGAGAUGGAGAGCAGCGGGGAAGGUGGGGGGCGUGGCAGUGGGGACGAGGAGGGGGGGCGGAUAGGAGGGGAGGAAUGGGAGGGUGAAGCGAGUGAAGGGGGGGUUAGAAGGGCGGCGGGCAGUGGCGGCAGGUUGAGUGAAGAGGGAGUGGUGUUGGGCUGGGCAGGGGCAGCAGCGGGCGAAGCGGGUGCAGGAGUGGAGGAGGGGAGGGAGGGCGCGGCAGGGGGGCAGCAAAGGGUGGAGCGGCUAUUGAUUCUGCACAGCGGCGCGGGGCAUGCGUCGGAGCCGCCCUCGCCCUCUGCUGCCUCGCCUACGCCUGCUACCCCUCCUGCUGCUCCCGCCCCUGCUACUGACGUGGCCGACGCGGCUCACUGUGACGGCGCAGCAGCAGCAGCGGGGUGGGGCGGGGACGGCAACGAGGAGGCAGGAGGGGACGCGGCAUCAGGGGGCGCGGGAGGUGGAGGCGGCGGUGCUAGGCGGACUAGAUGGCGCAAGAUUGAAGUGGCGCGCCGUCCGCCCAUCCCCAUGCGGGGCGGGCAGGAACAGGGGCAGGAACAGGGGCAGGGGCAGGGGCAGGGGCAGGGGCAGGGGCAGGGGCAGGGGCAGGGGCAGGGGCGGUCACCCUCACCAACACAGCCAGCAAAGGCGCUGGAGCAGGGACAGGCGCAUGGGCAGAUACAAGGACAGGCGCAGGCGCAGGGGCAGGGGCAGGGGCAGGGGCAGGUGCAGGUGCAGGGGCAGGCGCAGGGGCAGGGGCAGGCGCAGGGGCAGGGGCAGGGGCAGGGGCAGGGGCAAGGGCAGGCGAGGGCGCUGUCGCCUCUGCGAAUUGCGGAGUGUGUGGGGAGGGAGGAGGGCGAGCGACGGGUGAGGGAUGCGGAGAGCCUGAUAGUGCGGGCGAGUGAGAAGCGCACCGCGGGGGGCGACGCCGCCAUUCCGCGCACUGUGUCCUCCAGCCCGCGGGGCGUGCACGCCAGGGCAGGGGGGAGGCAUGGGGGCAAAUGGAAAGACCGGGGGGGAGAGGCUGGGGCAGGGGCGCAAGCAGGGGGGGGGCGUGCAGUGUACACGGGCAGCCUGCGCACGCGGUCGGACAUGACGGGCCUGGUGGGGGAGUUCGACCCGCUGGAGGGCGACCAGAGCCGGGGGGGGAAGCAGGCACAGGGGAAGCAGGGGGGAGCAAAUGACGAGAGCAGGGCGGUGGUUGUGGGCGAGAGAGGGAGGGGGGACGGGGCUGCGGGGGACAGAGGGACGCAGAGAAGCAGCGAGGCGGAGAGGGGGAGGGAGGAGAGGAGCAGGGCGGAGGCGAGAUGGCAUCACAUGUCAUGGCAGGCAGAGGCCGGCAGCAGAGACGAGUGGAGUGGCGACACGGGCGCGCGGGGCAGGGCGGAUGGGGCGGACGCAGUGAGGGAGUGGAAGGAAAGGGAGGAAGCAGCAUUGCAAGUGGAAGAGGAGGAGGGGGUAGGGGACGAGGAGGAGGAAGAGGAUGCAGGAGGGGAUGCGGAGUACCACUCAAGUCGAGCUCAGUACCUCUACCGCCAGCAGCCACAGCAGUUGCUGCAACAGCCGCAACAGCAGCAGCAGCAGCAGCGGCGGCGGCAGCAAGGGCAGCAAUGCAAGGAGAGCAGCAGCAAGGGCACAUGGGAUGGAAGGGCGGAGGGUCAAGUGCGGCAAGGGGGCGACUGCAGGGCAGGGCAGCAGGCGUUCGCUCUGAGGGGGCCUGCACAGGGCGGUGCGGAACGCAGAGAGGCCCAGUGGGAUGUGCGCGGCCCGCACACGGCACCGCAGCCCAUGCAUGACACAUGGCGCCUGCGACACACAGAGGCAUACGAGGACGAGGACGAUGAGGAGGAAGAGGAGGAGGAGGAAGAGGAGGAGGAGGAGGAGGAGGAGGAGGAGGAGGAGGAGGAGGAGGAGGAGGAGGAGGAGGAGGAGGAGGAGGAGGAGGAGGAGGAGGAGGAGGAGGAGGAAUACGAGUAUGAAGGGAGAGGGGAGAGGGUGGGCAAAGAGGGAGGGGGAGGGCAUGAGGAGGAGGAGCAGGGGGGGCGACAUGGGUGGCAGCAUGGCGAGGGCGGGGGCAGUGGCUGGGAGGGGCGGGGCAGCACCCAGGGGUCGAGGGGGGAGGUCGAGUGUGUUUCGGACACACGGGGAGGGCGCAGCAGCAGCAGCAGCGAUGGCCACAGGGGCGGGAGUAGGCGAGAAGGGGUUUUUUCAAGUGAGGAGGAGUAUAGCAGCGGAGAGGGAGGGGGUGGGUCGAGAUUGUGGCAGCAGCAGCAGCAGAUGCGGCAGGAUGUGAGAGGGCGAGGUGAGGGGCGAGUGGGGGGCAGUCCAAGCAGGCCGCCGCGCAGCGGCACAUGGGACGAUGGGGACUUUGACAGGGUGGCGCGCUUCCCCAAGGCCAGCAAGUUUGACUCGCCGGGCAGACGCGGGGCGGGUGAUGUGGUGGCGGGGCGCGGUGGCAGGGCGGUGCAGGAGCAGAGGGAUGCGCGCAGGGAGGCGCCCAGCGCCAGGGAGGACAGCUGCCGCAGCAGCAGUGCUCGAGGGGACACCGGGCGGGGUGAGAACAGGGGGAGGCGAGGGGACAGCCGAGGAGGGCCUAGGCAGGGCGAGGAUGGGUGGGUGCCGCAUGCGGUGAUGACGCGCAGUGCCACGGUGGCCGCAGUCCAAUCCAUCGUUAGCAGCGGGGGGGGAGCAGCGCGUGGCGUCGUUGGUGGUGGGGUUGGGGGUGGAGGCGUUCGUGGUGGGAGUGGUGGCAGGGGGUACGGCUCAAAUGGUGGCAGGAUGGCAGCAGGGCAGGUGGAGCAGGGCAGCAGGCAAGGUGAGGAGAGGGCACAGGGGUAUGCUACGGUGCAGGGGCGGGGAGGGGUGCAGGUGAAGGGGGGCCGAGGGGCAGGGAUGGGAGAGGGUGUGCGGCAUGGGAGCUAUGGGCCAAGGCAGAGGGCGGCGCCUCCCAGGGAGGGUGCUGCUGCUGGCAGAGUGUGAAGUGGGCGGGUGAGUGCAUGUUAGGGACGGCACGGCACGCCCUCGUGUGGUCCCACCAACGGUGAUUCGAGUGCUCUCUCAUGUGUCACUACUGCGCCAUGCCCAACCGUGUGUCUCUGCCACUGUGGCGUGGGCCGUGCUUGCCACAAUGGGCAAGGCAACAGCUGCUCUCUGCACCCUACACCACCACGCUUCAUGGGGAGUCAGCCAAGCCUGCAUGCGUGCAUGCACCUGCAUUCCCAGCACGGUGUGCCUCUCAGCUGUUUCUGUAGCCUCUCAACCCUGCCAUCUCCUCAGGCUCCAAGCUAUCCUCCAGCCUCAACCUGUGUCUCCCACUGUCUCCCGCUCUAACACACAUCCAACCAACCACAGCGCCCUCGCGUGCCUGCCUCACCCCUCACUCUAGCGCCGCCGCCACGCACUGUCAAGGACAGUCUCUUGUGGCCGACUGUUGUGGCAGUGCCCACCAUGCCUAACUCACACCACCUACUCUGCAACACGCACUGCCCUGCUCACCUCCCUGUGUCCUGGGCACCUCUCUGCGCUCGGCAGCAGGCAGUGGUGACACCGCAACCAGUCUCGCGGCACAUAUCUCUCUGCUCCCCAUCCUCUUGCAGCUCUCUCCAGCUCUUUGGUCGACAUGGCUUUAUUUAUGAAUUGGGGGAGUCCCACCCCAGUGCAAUUCUGCUGAUGAGCAUUCACGCCAGGGUUAUCAGCUUCUGUAGAAUUGGUGUAGCCCUCGUUGGUGCAUAUGAAGGCUUCCAUGCUUCAUGUUCUGUAGCAAAUGAUUGCUGAACUAGUGUUCCACAGGUUUCUAUUCUCAGCAGCCUGUAGCAGGCCGAUUAUGGCAAGGU